AUGCUGAGAGAAUGGAUCCCCCUCCAGCACAACUACCUCCGAUCCCUGUACGCCCACUACACACCCCCGCCGCUCAACGCGGAGGGCAGCUACAUGUGCGCCGGGUGCAACAAUGGUGGCGGUGUGUGGAAGUGCAUGUCCUGCAUCGGAUAUCCGAUCUUCUGCCCGACGUGCUGUCUCGCCGAGCACCGGCGAACACCAUUCCACCGGGUUGAGCAGUGGAAUGUUGGGGGAUACUGGGAACCUGCAUGGCUCCGUCAGGUUGGAGUAUCAAUCAACCUCGGGCACCGAGGAGGGGAGUGCUCCCAGCCGGCGGCUGUCUUGGACGAUGACGAGGACGGAGAAGCCAAUAGGCCGGCCAAUGCUGCCGGCGACGACGAAGCCGAGAUACCUGCAGACCCUCUGCAUCACGCCGACUCGCCACCACGGCCUCCACCAGCCAUGAUGACUAUUGUUGACACGUCCGGGGUGCACUUCCUCCCGGUGACGCCGUGCGGAUGUCCCUGGGCCGGUGACCACACGUCGCAGUUGCUUGAUGCCGGGCUGUAUCCGGCGAGUCAGCGGAAGGCUCGCACGUGCUUCACCUUUGCGGUCUUAGACGCGUUUCUUCUGGACAAUUUGGAGUGCAAGACUACGGCUAUGAACUUCUACCAGCGGAUACGCCGGGCGACAAACCCGGCUUUUCCUCAUGAGGUACCCGUGAGUCAGUUGCCGGAACGCCUGCUUGCCCAGAUGAUCACCAUUGCACAGGAUCGAUAUCUCGAGUUGCUCCGGGUAAGCCGGGAAUGGGCGUUGCUGCAGGCGAAGAAACAGUUCGGGUACGGGCCACAGUGGCGGGGGGCUCCGGGAAACGGUGACCUCGCUCACUUUUGCCCGGCGUGUCCGCAGCCCGGAGUGAACAUACCCGCGGACUGGGAGGUGGAUGAUAGGAAGUACCUAUAUGCCCGAGGAUAUGUCAUGGAUGGGAACUUCCACGCCGAGCAAAUGAAAAUGCGCAAGCCCGAGAACGACGUACCGUUGAUGCCGGGGAAAAUGUUCAUGGUUCAUCCCGGCCCAUACGAGGAGCACCUGAAAGUAGCGAAGGACGUGAAGAUGCACUCAAGCUGCAACGACCACAAGGCGGUCUCCCAGGCCAACGCCGACCGGCAUAAGCUGGCUGUCACCGGGAUCGGCGCAACAUCUUGUUUGAGGCACGGGUGCUUCCUUCCGCACUCGGUAGUGAACUAUCAGAAGGGUGAACGUCAGAUGAACAUGGACUACUCCCUUUCCAACGCCCUGGGCUAUCGGUCAAGGGGGAUUGGGCACGUUUACCUCUCGUACGACAUAAUGUGCCAGUACCAUGUCCAUCUCGACGACCGGUUUGACCAGAAUCCCCACCUGGAGAUGCCCGGUGGCCUUGUGUUAUACAAGUGCAUCGGGCUCUUUCACAUUCAUGGGGCCGGGCAAGCUGACGGCGAGAUCAUCGAAACCCAAUGGUCGGGGAUCAAUCCCGUGUCGGGUAGUACACGCACAAUGUCAACAUCCCAUCGGCAAGAAACACUCGACCGGCACAUGAACAACUGGAAUUGGAAGAAAAUGAUCACUAUGGUGGCAUCGCUGAGAAGGAAAAUCAAAGCGAACCGCCCACUGCUGGCGGAGAUGAAGGCCGACCUGACCGCGAAGGAGGCCAGUGUCGAUGCCGAAGUUCUGGGAGCGUGGAGGAGGGAACUGAGGAUAGUACAACGGAAAAGGCUUCGGGAUGUCAAGGUAAUGGAUAGAUACCAAGCCAAGAAACAAAUCAUGCCAUCCCGGCUCGAGCUUCAAAUAAAGCUGGCGGAAGAGGAGGGAGAGGGCGAGGAUCGCGUCGGGACAGCGGACUGGAUCGCAGAUGGCCUCAAGCUUGAGGAGCAACAACUCGGAAUCCAGAAGGACGUGAAGAAAAUGGGGGCCAUCGUUACUCGGCCGCAGGAGCUGAAACUGGCGAAACGGAGGAAGACUCUUGAGAUCCAAAUCCGGCGUUUCCACAGGCGAGCGGCUGCCAUUCACCGAAGGCAUAACUGGGGCAUCGCAGAGCAGGAUGCAGUGGAAGACGAUUCGGGGGAUGAAUGGGAGGAGGACCGCAACGACGACAGCCCAUGGCGCCUCUUUUCAAGUCUACCACCAGCUCCGUACCCGUCAAAGGCGUCCGAGCAUACCAAACUCGGCCUACCGUCCAAUUUAUCCCGGAAUGCACUUGCUGCAAAUGGGUUGCAACGAUUGGCGGCACAUGAGCUGACCCUGCGCCGUGGACAGGCAAAUGAUGCGUUGCAGCAGCUGAGGAUUCUCAUUGGCAAGAAAUCAUUCGAGUUCCAGACCACCAUUCGGCACGGGAGGAGGGAAGGCCACACAAAGCGCACCCGAUCCUUCACGAAGUUGGGGAAACUCGACCGAGCUGUGCAGCUUCAAGCUGCCAUUUAUCGCCGGGCCCGAGCCGCCAUGCAAGUACUUGGCGUCUCGGGAGAAGAGCAGGCAAAGUACAAGCCACUUACAACGGAUGAUCUCAACACAGUGACUGCAAUCGCCGAGCCUAAUAAGCCGGGACAAAGGCAUAAAUCGUCCUCGUGGAUAUGGAAUGUCGACGUCGGUGGCGACAUGCGGAGCGAUGACGAACUGGGAAUCAUUCACCGGGUACAGUGGUUCCACGCCCGGUCAAAGGUUGACAGAUUGGAGGAGGAAGCUGCGAUCUUGCGCCGGGAGCUUGACUCCAUUGGAGAUCAGUUACCGAUAAGACCUCCAUCGCACUGUGUCCACAUCAACUACCAUUGCGAUUACACAGCCCCCGCACUCUUCACCGAGAACCUCAUAGUCAACAUGAAUGCAAUCCUCACCAAAGUGUUGGAAGACAUCAAAACCAAUCUCAUGAUUCCCAAGACUCUCCAAACACUUGCCGAAGCGAAAGGGAAUCCCGCCGCGCCCGGGGCACUUGACAACUUCGUUGUCGGCCUGUCGGUUUCUGCCCUCAUGAUUGGCCUUCAGGAGCUCCUGAAGGCCGACGUCGCCGAAGCCUACGGUCUCACCGACGCCAUGUCCGCCUACUGCGCGGUAAAUCAAACCGUGAACGACCUACCCGCUGGAAUUACUACCCCGGAAGCAAUGCUGGAGGAAUUGAGAGCAAACCAGGCUUGUAUGGACGACAUCAUCAAAGACCAGCUCCAAGCAUCCAAGGAUCAGCUUCGGCGUGUCUCGCAGCAUCUCGAGUUGGAGAAAUUGCGGGACAAAGUCACUGUUCGCGCCGAGCAAAUUAAUCGCGUACACCUGCCCAGAUUUCCGCUCCCGGCGAAACUCUGCCCGGAUGAAAUGCCGGCCAGUAUGCCAAACAACAUGAUGAAAUGGUUGCAGCAAUUGGGGAAGGCGAUGAAAACCAUGGACAUUUACAUACAGGCAGAGCUGAACUUUUGGCAUGCUGCCGCCCGGGCCAAUGCGGCCGAGCUGGAAGCCUGGCAGCGCGGGGAGACUCCAACGGCCCCGGCAGCAGUGUCGUACUUCCGGGUGAUUGAUUCCGCAUUCAAGUAA